CCUAUGUAUAAAAAUCUCACAUCUCCCAGGCUCACUUCCAAACUUCUCCCCAUCUCAUUUUCAUACCUCCAAGAUAUCCUUCGUGCGAACAGGAUGAAGUUUAUAUUCCUUUCGACAGCUCCUCACAGCUUUCUCUACCGUCUGGUUUCAGCACUGAGACAAUGAAUACACGUAGGAUUCAUUUAUUUACGUACACACGUCAGCAUGGACAAUACACACACAGAAUCCGGUGGAAAGGAAGUCAAGCUCGAUUACCAAUUCUCCCACGAAACUACGCACGUAGACACGGGUCCGGAUAUCUGGAUAUCCGAGUACACGGUUUCCAACUCCACCACAGGUCCACCACAACCCACCACAGAGCAUUUUUCGAAGGUCUGUGUCGAGGGGAAGGCGAAAGAGCUUACUCCUUAGUCAAGUGAAUAACUUGGAGUCUGAGAAUGAUUUCUAAUCGAUUUCUAAUCCGGUUUUCGUGGAGAUUAGAAGCAUUUCGAGGUUUUGUUUAUAUGGUGGG